AUGUCCGACGACGACGACAAUCUGUCCAUCUACGACGAGAUUGAGAUUGAGGACAUGACAUUCGACGACGCCCUGCAGACGUACUUUUACCCGUGCCCAUGCGGCGACCGCUUCCAGAUUGCGCUCGACGACUUGCGCGACGAGCAAGACGUAGCUGUGUGUCCGAGCUGCAGCCUCAUGAUUCGCGUCAUCUUUGACCUGGACGAUUUGCCCAAGCCGCCGCCCGGACCUGCGAACCCGAUUCCUAUCGCUGCGUAA